AUCAUUUUAGAAUUUGUCGUUUUGCUUAUGUACAUCUGUGACACAUUCUGACAAUUAAAAUCCUUUAAAGUGCCUCAAAAUUUUCAAUAUGAUCAAGGAGAUUUUUGGAGAUACAUGCAUUUAUAUUUGCUGGGCCUGCGUAGACACGUGAACUACUGAACUCUAUAAUCUUCGGACUUUAAUUUAAUCUUUAUUAGCUAUUUAUUUUCGUUAGUUGAAGAAAUACCAAAACAUAUAUUACAGGAUUUGUCGCUUAUAAUGUAAAUGGCAUAUUUCAAAGUUACCAGUAGUGUAUACAUAAGUAUCACUGUUUUCACUAUUCACUUUAUUGUUGUCGCUACAGAUAAGGCCACUUUACGGUGUCGACCGGCAGAAGAAGGAAAGCCCUAUAAUCUAUCUGCAUCGUAUUUUCCCAAGGGACACGACCAGAAGUAUAUAUUCUGGGAGAAAGACCAUAGUGUAUUUUCUGAAUGUGACGUUGGAAACUGCCUUGAUAGCAACGCCAGACUGACAAGGACAACCUUGAACAUCACUUCAACAGGAGUUUAUGAGUCAACGCUACAUUUAUACAACGUCCAUAGAGACUUCAGCGGAGAGUGGAAACUCAAAUAUAUUGAGCUUGACAUAGCUAACUGCAAACUGGGUGUUUUUGCUAAACCCAAAUUAUUGGAUUGCAACUCGACUAUAUUCUUGGAUGGUGUUACAGUGGACUGUAGAGCAUACGGAGUAUUUCCGAAAAUAAAGUGUGCUUUCAAUGUCAAAAUAAAUAAGAUAUCUAAAGACUUCACAAAUUUUACUACCACUAGGAAUGAAAAGAUUGAAGGGGAAAUUGAAUUCUACGAUUCCUUUUGUAUACUAACUAUUCCAGUCUCAAGUGUGGAAAUUGGAAGACUGGAAAUAGAGCCCGAGCUCCAGUUAGAGGUUGCCAACGAGAUUGUUCAUCUGGACUUAAACUACUCUCUUGAUCUUAUUAUUGACAAACCCAAGAUAACUCUGUAUUCGUGUCAAACCGGUGCAGAAAGAGUUACUUGCUCCUGUAUUGUACAAGAAAGUAACCUGGAGUAUACACUGGCUUGGUACAGUGGUAGCGGAGAAGUGAUACAGAAUGGAUCCGAACUAUCCUACAGCCACAACAGUCAUGAUGAAGAUUAUUUCUGCAUUGCUACCAAUGUGCUAGGGAUGAAGAGUGAACCUGUUUUCCUGAGAAAAUCAGUUGAUUCAUCUGUUGGUCUAUCUAUUAGUUCGUCCAACCCAAAAAGUCCUAUUGAAUUAGUCCAAGUGGUGGCUGCGGUGCUGGGUUCAGUCAUUGGCGGUAUGCUGUUAAUCGCCAUUGUCAUAUAUAUCAUGGCCAAGAGAUCUCGUAAGAAACGAAUAAACUACAAACAGCAACAAUAUUCAAUUGAAAAGAUUUCUGAUUUGCCUUCUGCUUACAAUCCACUGUACAAUCAGAUGAUUGUCAACCAGACCUUACCUUAUCUGGCAGAGCACAAACUGAUUUACUUAGGUGCUGAUGAAGAAGAAGCUAAAAUAUAUUCCUCCAUUGACAAUUAAAAUAAUCAAUUAAUGCAAUGACUAAGUCUACAUCCGAUAUCUUAUUAGUAAACCCUACACCAAACUUCUUUAUAUAUAUAUAUAUAUAUAUAUAUAUAUAUAUAUAUAUAUAUAUAUAUAUAUAUAUAUAUAUAUAUAUAUAUAUAUAUAUAUUAACGAUAUCUGAUUACAAAGACAUACCACAAACGUCUCAUUGUAAUGAUCUACCACUUCCUCUUCUAGCCAGCUUUUUACUUCUGAGUUCUUUUGCAGACUGUGGCAAGUGGUGAAAAAAAAGUGUACUACUAUAAUAAUAACCUACAAAACAUGUAAUUUUAAUGACAUAUAACAAACAUGUAAUGAAAGUAAUUUAAAAAAAUCAAUGUUUAUGUCAAACUUGAUUCUAAAAAGACAUAAAAUGAAUUAUUAAAUACAAUGUUUAGCGCAUUUUUUUUAAAUUACAUGUAAAAUAUUGAGAAAAUGUAUGUGUCGUUACAUAGAAGUUUUGAUUUUUUUCCAUUUUAUAAUUCUCUUUUCAGGAAAGAUAUGAAUGUAAAUAUUGAGUAAAACUGUUGCAUGAAUAAACAUUGCACUUCCGUCGUUUUAAUAUUUUUUAUACGCUUAAACCACUAUUGUACCUUUUUUUUUACCUAGAACUUAAUAAAGAAUCUAUCUAUCUAUCUAUCUAUCUAUCUAUCUAUCUAUCUAUCUAUCUAUAUUUAUCUAUCUAUCUAUCUAUCUAUCUAUCUAUCUAUCUAUCUAUCUAUCUAUCUAUCUAUCUAUCUAUCUAUCUAUCUAUCUAUCUAUCUAUCUAUCUAUAUUUAUCUAUCUAUCUAUCUAUCUAUCUAUCUAUCUAUCUAUCUAUCUAUCUAUCUAUCUAUCUAUCUAUCUAUCUAUUUAUCUAUCUAUCCAUCCAUCCAUCCAUAUCUAUCUAUCUAUCUAUUUAUCUAUCUAUCCAUCCAUCCAUCCAUAUCUAUCUAUCUAUCGUCAGUCUAUUUAUGCAGCAAUCUUUGUUUACACACCAAAAUGAAAGACUUGAGCAUUACUCUUUUUUUCAGCUUUGUCAUCUCUUUGGCUUAGAUUUUUGAAAAUGUAUUUUUUUUUUACAUUUUCGAAAUUUUUAAAGUUUCAAUAAUUAAAUGAUAAGAAUUAUUGUACGCAACAACAUAUAGUUUAUUUAUACUCUUGUGUAUCAUUUUAUUGCAAAAGGAUUUUUUUACAAUAUAAAACGCACCUUUUCGUUUUGGCAUAUUAAAAAUAAAAGCACCAAUGAAAACGUU